AUGUCGAAGAAGAGAUUAGUAAAGAGGCAGCCUGACUUUGAAGAUGAUAUGUCUAUUUUUUCGUGUGAUAUCCUUUAUUCCAACAUUAUUCGACUUCCUGUUAAAUCUUUGUUACGUUUUCAGUCCGUUUCUAAGCCGUGGAGAGCGAUGAUAUCCGACAGUGAAUUCAAGAAAUCCCACCGCGAUCACUCCAAAGCGUUGGAACGCGAAAAGAUUUUGCUAGGAAGAAAGACCGGUGAAUUCGAGUUUGGAGAGUUGGAAAACUCGGAAUUAGUUAUUAUGGAAAAGCAAUGGAUUCCUCGAAAGAAAUUCCAUCGUGCUCAAGUAUUGUGCUCGUGUGAGGGCUUGGAAAGCGCGACAAACCACCCGGUAGUUCCACUUGCUUGUGGAUUGUGUUAUGAUUCUGGAGUCGAUGACUACAAGGUUAUAAUAAUGAUGAGUUACUCAUUUUAUGGUGUCUACUCUUUGAAUAACAAUUCUUGGACAGAGAAAAAAGUGUUCCCCUAUCCAGCAAAAUCAUAUGCUACUUGUUCUCCGUUAGUUAGCAUCGAAGGUCGCGUAUUUUGGUUUAUGCAUCAUCGUGCAUAUCCAUAUGUAGAUCGAACAUCUACAAUCAUAUAUUUCGACAUUAAAUCAGUUGAAGUGAAAGAGCUUCCAAUUGGUUUCGUAGGUGAGGACGAGAUCUUUCAGUUAUUUACUUUGAGAAGCUGCCUUUGUUUAUAUGGUGGCAAAAAGACUGAUAAAGAAUCGAACAUAUGGAUCAUGGAACAAGAUGGAAACUGGAAAUGGUUAAUGAACGUAUGCAACUUACCUACUAUUUGUCAAGGAGUACAAGACAUGAAGCUUUUAUGUUGCACCAAAGAUGGUGAAGUUGUCUUUCAAGGAGUGUCAUGUCAUCAACUUUUCAUCUAUAAUCCUAAACGACAACAAUUUGUUACCGUAGGUGUUCGCGAGCACGAGUCUCCGACUCCUCCCAUAGCUUCAAUAUGUUUUGAUAGCUUAUAUUUUUCGACAUCCAGAGUCAGGCGCAGGAGGAAGCAAAGAUUUGUGACACCUAAUAAUCAGACAACUCAAUAA